AUGCCUCACGGACAUUCGCAUGGCGGGGGUUGUGAACACGAAGCUAUAGGAAUCGAAAAUGAGCUCGAAAUUGGAAUUCAUUACAGUUUAUUUGAAAAAAUAGACAUGCAUAAUGUCGAAUGUUUGAACGAGGAAGUAGAAGGAUCAGGAAAGACCGUAUUCAAGCCAUACAAUGAUCGUUUAAAUCAUGACAAGUUCGUAACCAGUGAUGCCGAUGAGGAGCUACUUUUCAAUAUACCAUUCACAGGGAACAUAAAACUGAAAGGAAUCAUCAUUUUGGGCGCUGACGAUGAGACGCAUCCGAGGAGAAUGCGUUUGUUUAAAAAUCGACCAAAGAUGACUUUCGAUGAUGCGUCUGCAGUAGCUGAUCAAGAGUUUGCAUUAGAAAAAGAUUCAAACGGCGUGAUUGAAUACUCUACCAAGGUUGUGACCUUUGCCAAUGUGCAUCAUCUUUCAAUCCACAUACCUUGCAGUUAUGGGGCCGACACGACGACGGUUUACUAUAUAGGGUUAAAGGGAGAAUUUAGUGAAUCGCACCAUCACGGCGUGACAAUAUGUGCAUAUGAAGCACGACCUAACGUAGCGGACCACAAACACAAUUUGUUUGAUUCGGUUAACCACCAAAUUCAAUGA